AUGGUCGAGAUCCCGGCUGGUCGCUUUCUCAUGGGCGACCGGAAGGAUCGCGUGCACUUUCCACAGGACGGCGAGGGCCCCGUGCGCCCGGUGCGGAUGUCCGGCUUCCUCAUGGACCGCUUCGAGGUGAGCAACGCGAAGUUCCGCGCAUUCGCGGAGGCCACGAAGUACGUCACCGACGCGGAGCGCCUCGGGGACUCCUUCGUGGCGGAGGUGUACCUCUCGGAGGCGGUGUCCGCCAGCAUCCACCGCCACGUGAACGUCACCCCCUGGUGGCUCCCCACGCCCCAGGCCUCCUGGCGCAGCCCCGAGGGCGUCGACAGCAGCCUGGAGGAGUCCAAGUAUGGACUUCGUUGGGACCACCCGGUGGUCCACAUGUCCUGGAAUGACGCCAACGCCUACUGCCGCUGGAGAAACGCCUCCCUUCCCACGGAGGCGCAAUGGGAAUAUGCCGCCCGGGGCGGCCUGGAGCAAAAGCUGUACCCCUGGGGCGACACGAUGUACGGCAACGAAACGGAGGACAUCGAGGCCAAGUACCGGAUGAACAUUUGGCAGGGCCAGUUCCCCACCGAAAACACGGCGGAGGAUGGUUACGUCAAGACUGCGCCGGUUGAUGCCUAUGGCCCUCAAAACGACUGGGGCCUUUACAACAUGGUGGGAAACGCCUGGGAGUGGACCUCCGACUGGUGGAGCCCUGUGCAUUUCCUCACGGAGGAGACCAAGGAGACUGGGCUGGUGGACCCCAUAGGCCCUACGGAGGAGGAGCUGGAGGAACUCGUGGACAUGGGGAUCUUGAAGAAGGACGCCUCCGGCGCCUUCGAGAAGACCAAGAGGGGCGGCUCUUUCAUGUGCCACCACUCCUACUGCUACCGCUACCGCGUGAUGGCGCGAAGCCACUUAACGGUCGACAGCUCUGCGCACCACCUGUCCAUGCGCUGCGUGCGGCCGAAGGAAACCGCCGGCUGA